AAUUAGAGAGAGACAGGCCAAGGACUGCGAGACAGACCGAGAGCCUCUGCGUGAGAGAGAGGCAGAGAGAGGCAGUAGGAGUAGCUCGCCGAGCGAAGCUACUAGCCCGCCCGCAGUCCCUCUCUCUCUCCCCACGGGGAGAAAAACCCAAGAAGCGAUCAAAAAGAGCCUCGGCCGGGUAGCUAGAAGGCGCGCCCUACCACCCCUAGCCUAGCCUCCCGAGCUCCGAGCGCGACCACAGCAUAGCUAGCCAGCACAAGGGUUUUUACGACGCCCGCCUUUGCCUGCCUUGGUAAGGGAGGUGAGGGGAGGGGGAAAAAUGGUGGGCUCGGGGGCGGCAGGAGGGGGAGGAGGGGAUCAUGCGCGGAGCAAAGAGGCCGCGGGGAUGAUGGCGCUCCACGAGGCGCUCCGCAACGUCUGCCUCAACUCGGACUGGACUUACUCCGUCUUCUGGACCAUCCGUCCUCGCCCGCGGUGCCGCGGCGGCAACGGGUGCAAGGUCGGCGACGACAACGGCAGCCUGAUGCUGAUGUGGGAGGACGGGUUCUGCCGGCCGCGGAUGGCGGAGUGCCUGGAGGACAUGGAGGGCGAGGACCCGGUGCGCAAGGCCUUCAGCAAGAUGUCCAUCCAGCUCUACAACUACGGAGAAGGGCUGAUGGGAAAGGUGGCAUCUGAUAAGUGUCACAAAUGGGUCUUCAAGGAACCUUCUGAAUGCGAGCCCAACAUCGCCAACUACUGGCAGAGCUCUUUUGAUGCCCUUCCUACGGAAUGGACUGACCAGUUCGCCUCAGGCAUCCAGACAAUCGCUGUGAUUCAAGCUGGCCAUGGCCUCCUGCAGCUGGGUUCCUGCAAGAUCAUACCGGAGGACCUGCACUUCGUGCUGCGGAUGCGACACAUGUUCGAGUCACUGGGCUACCAGUCGGGCUUCUUCCUCUCGCAGCUCUUCUCCUCCUCCCGGGGCGCCUCGUCCGCGCCGUCCUUCCCGCUCAAGCAGCCGCCGCCGGCGCGCCCGCCCCCGCAGCUCUUCAACUGGCCGGGCCAGCCGCAGCUCUCCCACGCCGCCGCGUCGCCCCUGUUCCCGCCGGGGCCGGCCGCGUUCCACCCGUCCGCGCGGUCGUCGAUGCCGCAUUACCCGGGCGGCGGGGGCGGCAAGGACGAGAGCCACAUGUACCACCUCGCGCCGUCGCAGCAUGGCAAGCCGCCGCACAUGGACGAACACCACCAGCACCAGCAGCAGAUGCAGCCCGGGGAGACGCCCGACGGCGACCUCAAGUGGCCCAACGGGCUGUCCUUCUUCACCGCGCUCACCGGGCGCUCAGAUGACUCGAAGCUUUUGUACGGCGGCCCCGGCGGAGGAGGAGGCGGCGCAGACGAUGGGAAGCCAGCGCAGGAGGCGCAGACGGGGCACGGCGGCGCGGAGAACGUGGAGGAGUACCUGAGCCUGGAGAGCCACUCGAACAAGGCGAGGAGGAUGGAGAACACCCAGAGCGCCAAGUUCAAGAGGAGCUUCACGUUGCCGGCGAGGAUGAGCUCGUCCAACUCGCCGUCCCCGUCGGUGUCGGCGUCGACGGGGCCGGCGCCGCAGCAGCAGCAGCAGCAAGGGAUGGAGUACCGAGCGCAGCACGAGGGCAGCGUCUACUCGGACCUCAUGGAGACGUUCUUGGAGUAGCAACGCAACGCAACGCAUGCAUGCAUGCGUCGAUCGAUCAUCCUCACGACGACAAACGUACGGACUUUACGUUUUCUUGUUCCCACUUUUUGUUUUGUUCCAACCAACCAGGCUAUGUUCAAGCUCUUUUAGCGUCAGGUUUGGAGUUUGCUUCGGCUUAAUUAGAUCAUGUAAACCUUUUUUUUUCACCUUCUAGCUUCGUACGUGUCUCGAUCGAUCUGGUCGUAGUAGCUAGCUAGCUCGUAGUGCAAGAACUGAUACAUGCAUGCAUGCAGAGAUGGGCAUGAGUUUGCUUCCAUGAUGGCUGGCAAGCUAUAUGGUGCAAUGAUGGUGAUGUACAAUAAUAUGCAACACCCAAUAAUACGCUCCUUUUCCUUCCGAAA